AUGACGAUACGAUGUCUGUGUUUUUUCCUUACAGUCCAGAUAUAUAUAGAAAAUCAAGCUUAUCCAACAAAUGCAGACAUAACUCUCCUGGCAGUGGCUCAAGUACCAGACCCUGUGGAGUUCCUCUGGGACUUUGGAGACUCGAGAUCAGUCAGAACCACCUCAAGGACUGUCGCUAAAAGAUAUCAAAAACCUGGACGGUAUGAUGUUAUUGUAGUCAUGACUAGCAGCCAGACCUCUGUUACCUCCGAUGUGUUCUCGCUGGUCAUCCAGAGAGCGGUAAGGCUCAACAGGCUGCUCCACCCAGCUUCUGUCCUGCAGAACCAAACAGUUACGUUGGGUUGUCGGGUCAACACUGGGUCUGAUCCCACCUUCCUGUGGAGCUUUGGAGACGGAUCAUCCAAGACGGGACAGAGCACAGAACAGCACGUCUACCACAGGACAGGAGAGUUCACAGUGACUGUCACUGUAUCUAAUCUGGUCAGCUCUGCUUUAAGUAGUCACAUCUUCGUUGUGGACCGGCCUUGUCAGCCCCCCCCUGUUAAAAACAUGGGUCCUCUCAAACUACAGGUUCCAAGAUACGAGACAAUCCGUCUUGGGGUGACCUAUGAGACUGAAGUGGACUGUGACAUUUCAGGCGGCCUUCACUACACGUGGACAUUGUUUGACUCUGCAGGACGCAUCUUGUCUUUGCGUCUUGUUGACACAAACAGACAGAGCCUUAUUCUGCCAAGACAUCUCCUGCAUUAUGACACCUACACUGCUAUAGCCAGGGUUCAAGUCAUUGGCAGUGUGGUUUACAGUAACUACAGUGUGAGAGUGCAGGUGAUACCAAGCCCUCCCGUAGCCUUCAUCCAGGGUGGCACAAACAUCUACAUUAACAACAGACACACUGAGGUGGUAACCCUGGACGGGCAGAGAUCUUCUGACCCAGACUUCCCCAUGAACUCCAUCAGCUUCAGCUGGAAAUGUAGACCCGUCAGCUCCAUCGCCGGCUCCUGUUUCCACCAAGACGUUCCCACUUCAUCCCCCGUGCUCUCAUUUCCGGCUAGUUUCCUAAAAAAAAACUUUGACCAGUUUCAGUUCACGCUCACCGUCCACAGCGGUGAGCGCUCAGCUUCAUCAGAGAGCUUUGUCACAGUAACACCCGGUGUGAUCAGGAAGGUGUCAGUUUACUGCCUCCAGUGCCAAGAAGAUCAGCUGAACUGGGAUCAGUCAUUCUCUGUCAGCGCCGAGUGUGAGGGCUGUGAUAUGUCCUCAGAAUCAGUGCAGUACAGCUGGAGUCUGUUCUUAGUCAAAGCAUCCUCCAAGCCGGUCAUAGAAGUCCCAUUUUGCUACACAUUGGAUCUCAGUGCUCCGUCAACAAUCUUGGAGGGUUCUGCAACUUCCCCUCAGUCUCCUGCGACUUCCACCCUGUCUCCACCUGUUAAAGAUGCUCUACAGGUCACAAUGGCUGUCAAUGUAUCUAAAACAAGAGCCAGAAAGAGAAAUCGGAACCUGGCUGACAGCUCAGUAUUAUUGAAAAAUAACAGAAAGAAAUCAAGAGAGGAGCCCUUUUAUCGCCCUCAGGGGGAGUUUGACCCUCCAGAGCCUUUGUACUCCUCCACUGAAUACCAGACUCUUGCCCUUGACAACAGCAGCGUCCUAUAUCCAGACCACUUUGGACUGAGUGACGUUAUCAGUGAAAUGCAAAUAGAUUCGGACUCCUCUGCUGACUGGGAGCUUUCUUUUCCUGUCCUGGAGAGUGAUGACUUGGAAGGCCAAAUAGGUGAGACAAAACUGGUCCCUCUGCUCUGGCAGAUCCCAGAGGAAGGAGAGCCAGGGAUUUCAGCAGGUCGACCUACAGGUACAGUAACCUUCGAGUCUUUACCUUCAGUCUAGGAGAUGAUUCAGUGUUUGAUCCAGCAUUGCAUGAAGAUGAAGGAAAGUAAUCUGGUCGAUGACAGGCCGCUGGUCGCAGUCCACGAACCAACCUUACUGGAUCUACCUCGAGAUGCAGUGGACAGGAGUGUUUUUGAGUCCUACACUUACACAGGAAUUUCCUCUCCUCUGCUCAGCUUCAGGCCGUUCAGCCUGAGACCUGGCAGCAGAUACAUGUUGGAGGUCACUGCCAAGUCUCAUGACAGUUAUCUGGGCCGGACUCAGCUGUUCCUAAAAACCAACCCUGCUCCAAAAGGCAUGACGUGUCAGGUGCAGCCAAUCAGAGGAAUAGAGCUCUUUACACACUUCAGCAUCUUCUGCACCUCGGGGAGAGAGGAUUUGGUGUACGAGUACAGCUUCAGUGUAGGAGACAGACCUCCCAGGAUGCUGUAUGUGGGCAGAGACUUCCAGUACUACUUCAGCCUUCCUGCUGGUGACCCUGAUGAUGGCUUUAAAGUAACUAUUUACACCGUGAUCAGAAGCAGCAUCGGUGGGGCGGCUACUAAACCCUGUCCUGUAGGCGUCCGAGUCCAGCCAAGAUUCUUCAGAGACAACUCUUCCUCUUUUCAUCUUGAUCCUGAUCUGGAGCUUUCAGAGGCAGGUCUCAGGAAUUUAUCAGCUUUGAUGCAGCUUGGGAACACUUUAGAGAUUCGCAACUACGUCAGCCUCCUCACCGGCAUCCUGAACAGACUCAGCCGGGACACUGAGGCAAACACACACAUGCAGAGACGCACACGCAAUGUGCUUAUCUGCACAUUGUGUGAGCUAGAGAGCAGUGAAGAGGCGUCGAUGGUAGACAGCAUCUGCAUUCUUAAAAAUCUUCUGCAUGUGACACAUCAGGUCUCAUUAGCAAGUGCAAGGAGAGUGACGGCUCAUGUUCAGGACAUCUCGGAGCGGUUAUCGCAGUCCAGAGCUCCAGGUGGGUACCAUUUGAACCAAGAGACACUCAACACCCUGGUGACCGUGCUUUCAUACAGCCUCCAAGCUGCUGUUAACAGUAAUGACCUCUCGUCAGAAAAGUUCAACAGUGGUGACACUAAACAGGCUUUAGGAUCGGACUCGCGCAAUGAAUACAUUAGAAAUGGCCUGUCUGAUGGCUGCAUACCCGGCUCAUCCCCUGGUGUUUACAUAGAAACACUUGGAUCCAUUUCAACAAAGCAGAUGAUACAAGUUGUAGAUGAGAUUCUGCACACUGCUACAGACCUGGUGCUGAGGAACAUCUUGUUUAACGAGGCCGAGGAGGUCAGAGUCAGCUCCACUUUUAUCGACUUACACGGCAGACACCAAAACCAAACCUCCACAGUGGUCAGCAUUGGUUCGAGCACCUUCUACCUGCCACCCUCCCUCAUCCAGCUCCUGUUUGGUCAUAGUAGAGAGACUCAGAGGCCAUGUGUGCUCAGCUUGCUGACCAAGUUCAGCCACAGCCCUUACACCUGGGCUCACCACCCUGGAAAG